AUGGCACUAUCAGGAUGGAUCUGUGUGGUGACUGGUGCAUCCAGAGGAAUUGGAAGAGGGAUUGCCCUUCAGUUAUCUGAGGCUGGCGCUACAGUGUACAUCACUGGUCGACAGGAGAAAACUCUGAAGCAGACAGCAGCUGAGGUGUGGAAACUGGCUCCUGAUUGUACCGUUAAUAACCCUCAACUUGUAGGAGAGGAUGAAAUCAAGGAACUGUUUGAACGUGUCCAGCAUGGGCAAAACGGCAGACUUGACUUGUUGGUGAAUAAUGCCUAUGCAGGUGUACAGCUAAAUAUCUGUUUACAAUCUUGUCUUUCUCAGUUCAAGGAAAUGUUCAGUAAAGGUGAAACGACGGAGUUUAGUGGACGAUGCAUAGUUGAGCUGGCCAAAGAUAAAUGUCUGAUGUCAAUGACUGGGCAAGUGUUGAUGACCUGUGACCUCGCUCACCGCUAUGGACUCAAGGAUGUUGAUGGUCGCAGGGUAGUGGACUACACCUCUCUGAAGUUCCUCAUUUCCCAGAUACCCUAUGUGUCCUGGCUGUCUGUAUUCACUCCUUCAUUCAUCAGAGUGCCUCGUUCCAUGCUGAUUCUUGGCAGUGGCAAAUUCUAACAUGUCUUGAUGCAGACACUGUGGCUAUUUUUGGUAAUUCUGUCAUUUUUUUUAAAUAAAUAAAGUGCUUUUAA